GGGCCCAACACCGGUGAUUCAUGGAGCCAUGGGCGCCAAUGGCUAUGAGGAUGAGGCUGCGUUGCGACAGCGCAUCGAGGCGGCGGCCAAAGAGAACAGCCGCCUCCGGGGCCUCUGCGCAGACAAGGAGUUUGAAGCCUCGCAGCUGGAGAAGCAGCUGAGGCGCCUGGAGCGGAAGAUCGCGGCUUUCGAUGCGAAGCCUUCCACGAGUCUUGCAAAAGGCUUCUUAAAGCCAGCAUCAACGACGACGGCGGUCCCGCAGGCAUCGCCGAAGCCGCGGAGCUCGGGCAUCAUCAUCGAUGGUCUCACAGGCAAGGAAGUGGAUCCGAAGACUCUUUGGGAGGAGAGCAAGGAGAGCAACAUCUUGUUGCGCACGCCGGAGCUGGAGCUGAUGCACGCGAUGCAAAAUCCCCCGGAGACCAACUCCGAGUUUGACAGCAACCGCUACACGCAGCUGAUAAGCGAGGGUCGCCAGGCCGAGGCAGAGGCCAUGAUACAAGCAGAGGGCGGUCCAAGCUUGGCGCAGAUGCAGCGAGAGCCUUUGGAGCUGCUGAGGAAAUAUCCGCAGCUGGAUGCGAACUGGAGCGACCCGCGGAUUCACGGGUGCUCUCUCUUGCAGUGGGCCUGCUCCAUGGGCUACGAGGACGUGGCGCGGCGACUGCUGGCGCUGCGUGCCGACUGCAGCCACCGCAGCGCCGGCACCUCCUGCCUCGCCGCGGCUAUGGCGCACAGCUGGCCGGGCUGCGCAGGUUUGUUGCUGGAGGCCAGGGCAGAUGCCAACGAGGUGGCGGAGCCCACUGGGAAGCAGACCUUGCUGAUGUGGGCAUCCAGGAUCGACUAUGUGGAUGCUUCCCCUGGUGGCGUUGCUCCUGCAGCACCGGGCAGAGGUGCAGCGCAGGGAUGCCAGGGGCCAGACGGCCUUGAUGCACGCCGCCACGCACGGCAGCGAGCUGGCAGUCGAGGCGCUUCUGGCGGCCAGAGCGGAGGUUGACGCGGAGGACCAGGAAGGCAACACAGCUCUGCAGAUUGCGCUGCGCUACUACCACGGAAAGAUAGCGUCCAUACUGAUUCCUCUGCGCAGAAGGGACGAUGGUCAAAGCGCC